AUGAUGCACUUGGUGAGACUGAGCCGAUCUGCCCAGUCUCAGUUGCUUGGCUUUGGAAUCCGCCGGUUCUCAUCUGCAGCAACGGGUUCAAAGUUGGCUAGUCAGCUGUCGAACCGUGGUGUUCUUUCUGUGUCAGGUACGGACUCGAAGGCCUUUCUCAAUGGCAUUGUCGCGUCAGCCAUCAAGGAUCAUCCUUUCUAUACCGUUUUUUUGUCCGCUCAGGGGCGGGUCUUGUACGAUGUCUUCAUUUAUCCGUAUUCCAGUGAUGGUCGACCAGGAUAUUUAAUCGACUAUGAUAAUCGCUCAUCAGAGGCCACACCAAUUCUCUCUCUUCUAAAGCGACACGUUCUACGCUCCAAGGUUCGUGUACGCGAUGUUUCGGACGAAUGGAAAGUCUGGAGUGUCUGGAAUAAUGCAUCACAAGAAAGUUCUUUUCCCACUACAAGAGAAUGGCGUGCUGGCCGAAGUGGUGCGAUGGAACCACUAUAUGCGGAGAACGAGUAUCGUUUAGAUGCCGAGUAUUCGCAGAACAUAAUCGGAACUCGGGAUUUACGGGCACCUGGCAUGGGCGACCGUCUGUUGGUUCGUGCCGGAGAUAAACCGAAUCUAUCAUGUGAUAUAACAAAAGACGAGAUACAAUUUACUCUCCAUAGGAUCCUCCACGCAGUGCCCGAGGGUAUAUAUGAUAUCGUUCCACAGCAAGCGUUUCCCAUGGAUUCCGAUGUGGACCUAAUGGGUGGACUUGAUUUUAGGAAAGGUUGCUAUGUAGGUCAAGAGUUGACCGUUCGAACUUAUCAUACAGGGGUGAUUCGAAAGCGAAUCAUGCCCGUAUCGCUCACUCUAGCACCAUCUUCUAACACGGCUGAAAGCCCACUGAAGCCCGAUCCUUCGAUCCCAACACUACCUAUCCAUACAUCCAUUCAAGCUGAGCGUCUCGCAAGUUCAUCGCAAACUAAUUCUCAACGACCCACUCGCCCUAGAGGGACUGGGUCUUUGCUGAGCAAUGCUCAGGGGGUAGGGCUCGCAUUGCUCCGCUUGGAACAUGUCGGGGGCGUUGAACAAGGGGAACUGGUGAUGAACUUCACCCAGAUGGGAGAUAGAGGAACAGAGUCCUGGAUAGUCGAACCAAGGCGCCCGAUAUGGUGGCCAGUCAAUGACCAUUCAAGUCCAGAAUGA